AUGACAAACUCCGUUAACCAGGAAAAUUCCUCUGGAUUAGCCUUGAGCCUUCGAUUUCUUAAGCAGAAGUGGAGUGGAAGCAACAAGCACGAAGCCAAGUCUGAAGCCAAUCCCGAGAUCAGGUCUAAGACUUCUAAGACUAAAACUUUCAAGAGUAAGAUGGUUGCAAUCUCCCCAUCAAACAAAGAAAAUACCAAUCCAGUGGUUAUAACAAGAUCAGUUAGUAAUGAGAAAACCGUCCAGGAAAAGGGUAUUGAGCAGGAACCAAACAGACCAAGAAUAAAACAAAAGAGAAGCUUCUUCUCUUUAAGAAGUGUUGGCAAACCUGAAUAUAAGGAAGCUGCGGAAUUGGCCAAAUUUGUUGCAAAGACAGAACAAAUUGAUGAUGAACAGAAAACGGAAAUCACCGAAUCCUCUACUUCCGCAGCCUCAGAAACGAAGGUAGUCUCACCAAUCAGACGGAUGAUCUCGUGGUUUGUGGGAGAUCUCCACAAAGCAGUCACAGAGGCUAUGCUUAGAGACUAUUUCAUUAGGUAUCCCGGUCUUCUUUCUGUAAAGAUUCCUAAAGAUAUAGCAACAGGUGACUCUUUGGGCUACGGUUACGUCAAUUAUGAUACCCAGGAGCAUGCAGAUGAUGCAAGAGAAGCCCUCAACUAUUCUGACUUCUUUGGAUCUGAGAUAAGAAUAAUUCCUUCACUUAGAGACAAAACCAAUAGAGAAAGAAUUGGUGCUAACGUUUUCCUCUCGAACCUACCUUCGAAUGGGUUGACCACCAGGAUUUUAUACGAUAAGUUCAAGCAGUAUGGAAAUAUACUCUCUUGCAAGUAUAUUCCGCAGAAGAACCAGUGCUUUAUUCAUUUUGAAAACAAACAGGAUGCCCAAUACAUGAUUGAAAGAAUGAGCCACACUGAGAUUGGAGAAUCCCGUGUCUAUGCAGGACUCCAUAUCUUGAAAAAAGAUCGAGUUGAAGGAAAACAAAGGACACCAAUACCAACGGCGCUAACGGCUACGACAGAAGGAGUGACAACCACCACCUUAAAGCAAAUAUCAUCUGUGGAAGACGUCAAAUCAUCCAUUAUAAGUGCUUCUGCUUCAACUCCUCCUCCAAGUACUGAAUACUCCAUAUUUAUAAAGAAUCUUCCAUUGACAGUGGAAGAUAAUGUGAUUAGAAGUUUGAUGGAGCCCUAUGGGCAAGUGAUGUCUGUUCUCUCUAGAAAAGUUCCCAACAGAGGAGGUACAUGGGCAUUAGUAACACUCCCAGAUCUGGAAUCGGUCAAUCGAGCUAUUGCCGGAUUGAAUUCCUUCGAGAUCGAGGGACGGAAACUCUUUGUCACAAGAGCCAUUCCACGAGAGCAGAAGGAUUAUGCCAAGAAGGAAGAGAGAUAUCCAAAGAAGAAGUUGAAGAUUUUAGUCACGGGAUUGAAUAUAGCAGCCAACAAAGCUCAAUUCAAUAUAUUAUGUAGGUCAUUCACCUCGAUCAAAUCUGUGGAACUUUACGGAACCAAAGCCCCUGCAUCUGACGGCGAGAGAAGUGGCAGUUCCAGAUUCUCUGAUUAUGGAUAUGUUGAGAUGGUGAACGAGACAGAAGCUGAUCAGUUCAUAGAAAAAUUGAGAUUGUCUGGUUGCGAGUGCUACAAAGUGUGCAUUGAGGUCUCCAACAGGGAAAGUAACUACGAGACUCCACACUAUCGAUAUUUACUGCCAUCUGCCAGUACCAACACAGAAUCAUCGAGUGGCAUCAGUGCAGAUAUACGAUCACCGGUCUCUGUUUCUUAUCUCGACCCUACCAAGCUGUAUCGGUUGGCCGAGUUUAAUAAAGCUGUUGAGAGCGACAGGCAUAUGUUGAACAGAAGAAGGAACUUUACAGAUAUCCGGAGGAAGACAGACGAGAUCAUUUGGGAGUUGGCAGUUCGAAUGUUUUCUGAGCCAUUAGCUGGUAAAAACGGUUCCAAAAGCGGAGGUAGAAGAAAUAAAAUUGCUGAAGGUAACGGAAGUAUCGCAAAAUCUGAAUUAACGGAGGUGAAAGUGCACUCUCUGACAGAACAUAUGAUCAAAUUCUUCUGGGUGAACCGAUUUGAUGAGUUUUGGAGGUUCCUCGAAAUGAACCAGUUGGAUGGAAGGGGCCGGCUUCUUUUACCUCCACACCCUUUGCUAAGAUACCAACUGAUCCAAAGCGCUGCCUACUUGGGUAUAAUCUCUAACAGAAUAUAA